AUGCCGGCGGGACAUGGUGUGCGGUCGCGGACGAGAGACCUCUUUGCUAGGCCAUUCAGGAAGAAGGGUUACAUUCCUCUAACGACCUACCUGAGGACGUACAAGAUCGGGGACUUUGUCGACGUUAAGGUGAACGGCGCCGUCCACAAGGGUAUGCCGCAUAAGUUCUACCAUGGCCGCACCGGAAGGGUAUGGAACGUCACAAAGCGCGCCCUCGGCGUCGAGAUCAACAAGCAGGUAGAUCCGCUUCCCUCUUCCCCAACCUUGUGCACUUGAGCUUUAUGCCGAGUUCUAAAUCUGUUCCGAGGGAUGUUUAUAAUCAGUCCUUCGUGGGCCCAGUGUAGUGUUUCUUUUUUGUACGUCUAUGACGCAUCGGUGAUGAUACUGUUUCUGCAGUUCUCAUCUGUGUAUGAAGACGAGUUUGAUUUCGUUCCCAGUGUUUUUUCAUCUCAUGUCAAGUAUGUGCUUGAAGAUUCCGAAUGGCUCUGUGAAAGAAAUGUGCUCUCAAUAUAGUUUCAAUGAUUUCUAAUCGUCUUCUGGUGAUGGCUGAUGCGAAUUGGGGUUUUUGUUUUCCAGGUGGGGAACAGGAUCAUCAGGAAGAGGAUCCACGUGCGCGUGGAGCACGUGCAGCCGUCGAGGUGCGCCGAGGAGUUCCGCCUCAGGAAGAUCAAGAACGAUGAGCUGAAGCGCGAGGCCAAAGCCCGCGGGGAGAAGAUCAGCACCAAGCGCCAGCCGGAGGGUCCCAAACCCGGCUUCUUGGUAGAGGGCACCACACUCGAGACGGUCACCCCCAUCCCUUACGACGUCGUCAACGACCUCAAGGGCGGCUACUGA